AUGGCAACAAAUUACGACCGUUUGCAAGAACUGAAGGCCUUCGAUGAAUCCAAAGCCGGCGUUAAAGGCCUCGUUGACUCUGCCAUAACCCAUGUUCCACGGAUUUUCAUACGCCCGCCGGAAGACCUCGCCACCGACACCCCAAUUUCCGGCGAACCCACCCACACCCAGUUCACGAUUCCCGUCCUCGACCUCGCCGGAAAACUCUCCGACGUUGUUGCCGGAGUCCGGCUGGCCGCGGAAACGGUGGGGUUUUUCCAGGUAGUGAAUCAUGGAGUGCCAGCGAAGGUGUUGGAAGAGAUGGUGGCGGCAGCGCGUGGGUUCCACGAGCUGCCACAAGCGUUGAAGGGUGAGUAUUAUACAAGAGAGAAGAAUAAGAAGGUGAAGUAUGGAAGCAACUUUGAUUUGUAUCGAUCAAAGUAUGCUACUUGGAGAGACACUCUUUUUUGUGUUAUGGGUCCAGAACCUCUCCAUCCACAACUAUUGCCUCUUGUUUGUAGGGAUAUAACAAUAGAGUACUCAAGGCAAGUUAAGGUAUUGGGGACCCUUUUAUUUGCAUUACUAUCAGAAGCACUCGGACUAAAGUCUAACCAUCUUCAAGGCAUGGAUUGUGCAAAAGGCCACUCAAUUCUUAUUCACUAUUAUCCACCAUGUCCUGAGCCUCAUCUGACUCUAGGCACAAAUAGACACUCAGAUCCUGGGUUCCUCACUGUUCUUCUACAAGAUAACAUUGGUGGGCUACAAAUUUUGACCCAAAAUGAUCAAUGGAUCGAUGUUCCCCCUAUUCCUGGAGCUCUAGUAGUAAACAUUGGAGAUAUGCUACAACUUAUAUCCAAUGGCCAAUUUAAAAGCGUGGAGCAUCGUGUUGUGGCAAACCAUAAAGGGCCUAGAGUAUCCAUUGCAUGCUUUUUCACUCUUGACAACUACCCAUCUGAAAGAAUGUAUGGGCCCAUCAAGGAAUUACUGUCACAAGACAAACCCCAAGUGUAUAGGGAAACAUCAUUGCAAGAUUUCAAUGCUUACUAUUACAGUAAGGGACUUGAUGGGAAUUCAGCUCUUAAGCAUUUUAUGUUACAGCAAUAA